GUGCCUUGGAAGAAUGAUACGGGUCCGUCAAGGACUGAGGGGAGAAGCACCUUCUUCACACGGAACUGCAGUGGCCUCAGUCCAGAGGUCCUUGCUGAGACUCUUGCAUGGGCGUCCGAUACAGGGGCAUCGUUUUUCGCGUUGCAAGAAACGCACUGGAACUUCACAUCGGAUUGGCGAUCCGAUGGGUGGCUGUUCGUGCAUUCAUCUGCUCCGAAGCCAAAGUCUGGUGGGGUACUGUUUGCCAUACGCUCUGAUAUGGUGGAAGCUGCAUCUGUGCGAUGGUCGGAGUUGGUGCCUGGUCGCCUUUUACACGUGCGAUGCCUACACCAGAAACAGGCAGUUGAUUCCCUCACGCUUUACCAGCAUGUCAAGACCCGAGGUGACACGUCAGAUCUGCGUACCAACCUUGGACAACGGGAUGGUGUAUGGCGUGCGCUUGAGAAGGCGCUAUCGGCCAUACCAUGGAGGUCGUACGUGGUGCUGGCUGGUGACUUCAACACAAACUUCUCCUUUGGUUCUGACAUACGUUCACCCAAACGGAUCAAGCUUCAUCGACUUUGUGAUGGUCAGGAGGCCAGUAGCGGACGCGAGGGCAAGGAAAGCCUGUGCAAUACGGGCGCCUCUGGCGUCCUGGAGGACAGUCGGUCACAGACCGGUGAUGGCCAGUCUGCGCCUGGAAUGGAGGCUGUGACCAGAUUCAACAUUUUGUCCAGUGUUCUUCGGACUACUAGCAAGUUCAGUGAAAGAAAUCGUGUACGCAUAUACAAAUGCUGCGUGUGGGCCUCACUGCGCUAUGGCCUUUUUGCCACGGGUCUAAACCAGGCAGGCUUUAACCGGGUGGUCGCCGCCAUUUGCGCACAGCUCCGGAAGGUCCUACGAGUACACGAACAUGGCGUCUCCAAUCAGCAGGUGCUUCGGAGAGCUGACCUUGAUCCCAUGCAGUUCUUGGUAGACAGUGGAGGUGUUUUGGUAGAGCGCAUUUCGGACGAUACCACCAGGCCAUCGGAGAUUCUGAGCAUCGAGAAAGCAACCGCGGAGGAGAACCUGCAGGUUUUGACUGCUAUUCUUGUCAAUCAGCAGGGGUGGAGUUCAACCGUGGAUCUCAUUCACUUUUCGGAGUUCCCUUUUGUCGACUAUGCAGAAGGCAUUUGCAUGAUUGGAGCUCUAUGGCGAAACACAUCACAGCAGGAACGUGUCAUGGAGCAAGAACAGCUCGAUCCGCCCAAAGCGCCGAUCGAAAUGCCGGAGGUAGAGGAUAUUGGUGAGUAUGCGGAGUGGAUGGAUGCGCUGGCCAUUCGUGAACUCCAUGGCUUAAGUGGCAUGGCAGAAGCGAGGAAGGAGUCACAGCCUACUCGACCUCGACAAGACAAGGCAGACCCGCAGUACAUGCGCUUUGAUGUUGCGCAAACUCCGUUGGGCCCCCAGAUCCUCAUCCGAACAGCGCGGCAGGAGCCGUUCCUCUUUCAGAUUUUCGUCUGGCUCACUCUGGGUUGGCGGUUCGGGCCCGUACAGCAGGAUGCUGCUGAGUUCUCCAGCCAAAUACUCACGAGGCUUGAGGGGCAGUGUCUUUGGCAGUCGCGGAUUGAAGAGGUAGAGGGCAUCAGAAUUACGGACACAGGCGCCUUCCUUUUCCUCUCCAUGCCAACAGCUCCUUCCACGUUGCAGGAUUUGAUUGAGGCGUGGACCUUUCAGCGCCAUGUAUAUGGUUUGACGGGUGAGUGGCCAAGGGUCCCUGUGGUUCUUGGCAGGUAUGCGGGACGGGCCAAAAACCAGGCCAGAGUAGCUUUCGACGGUGAUGUGAUGCUCCCAGUGUUUGGUGAGGGUAGACUUCUACGCCAAGCACGAUAUCAGGUUUUGGCUGCGCUGGUUCACCUUGGAGAGCGUCCCACUUCGGGCCACUACCGCUCGCUGCUUAGAGAUGGGGAUGCAUGGUACUACUCAGAUGAUGCAACACCCUGCACUCGCACCAGCUUGACGCGGGAGCACGCAUGCAAUGUAUACCUUCUGUGGCUGGUCAAGCGGGGCAUGUAG